CAAAACUCGUGAGUGUUGUUUGUGAGAACACAGGUGGUGAUAAAUGUUGUAAAAACCUCUUUAAUUCUUAAUCUUUGCGUGAAGUUAAACUCAAAAACAUGGAUCGGCGUGAUUACGACAAGGAUAAAGAGAGCAUCAGAUCUUUCUUGUUGGAGUUUUGUGUUCAGGAUGAUUCCGGUCACAAAAACUUCAAAUAUUCAAACCAACUUACGAAAUUGGCUCAUCGCGAACAAGUAGCUCUUUACAUCGAACUUGACGAUUUAUUUGCACACGAUGAGGAUUUGGCAAAAGCUGCAAUAAACAACACUCGCCGAUACACAACUUUAUUCUCCGACAUUGUUUUCGAACUGCUCCCGACGUUCGUAGAACGCGAGAUUGUCUCAAAAGACGCCUUGGAUGUCUACAUUGAACAUCGCUUAAUGAUGGAGCAACGUUUGAGACAACCAAAUGAACAGAGAGAUGCUCGAAAUAAAUUCCCACCGGAAUUGUUACGCAGAUACGAAAUCUACUUCAAGGACUUAUCCGCGAAUAAAACCGUCCCAAUUCGCGAAGUGAAAGCCGAACACAUCGGGAAAUUGGUCACUGUGAGGGGCAUAGUCACCCGGAGCACCGAAGUCAAGCCAAUGAUGACCGUAGCGACGUACACGUGCGACCAAUGCGGGGCGGAGACCUACCAGCCGGUCCAGGGGCUCAGUUUCAUGCCAGUUUUGAUGUGUCCUAGUGAAGACUGCCGGGUGAAUAAAUCCGGGGGGCGCUUAUACCUCCAAACUCGCGGCUCGAAAUUCGUCAAGUUCCAAGAACUCAAAAUACAAGAACACAGCGACCAAGUCCCAGUGGGGCACAUCCCGAGAACUUUGACGAUUUUCUGUCGUGGGGAAGUCACGAGAUUGGCGCUCCCGGGGCACCACGUGGCCGUCACUGGGACUUUCCUCCCCUUGCUCAAGACCGGCUUCAAGCAGAUCAUGGGGGGGCUGCUCUCGGAGACUUAUGUGGAAGCCCACCGAAUUGCCUUAGUGAACAAAACCGAAGACGAUGAAAGCUCAUCUAAACCACUCACUCCUGAAGAAUUGUCGGCUUUGACUGAAGAUGAUUUUUACACGAAAUUGGCGAUGUCUUUAGCACCGGAAAUUUAUGGUCAUCUCGAUGUGAAGAAAGCUUUGCUUCUUUUGCUAGUUGGGGGAGUGGACCGGAGACCCGACGGUAUGAAAAUCCGGGGGAAUAUCAAUAUUUGCUUGAUGGGGGACCCCGGAGUCGCCAAAUCGCAACUUUUGGGGUACAUUGAUCGAUUAGCGCCACGAAGUCAGUAUACCACCGGUCGAGGGUCGUCUGGAGUGGGGCUCACAGCGUCAGUCAUGAAAGACCCCAUGACGGGUGAGAUGAUGCUGGAAGGGGGCGCACUGGUCUUGGCCGAUCAGGGGGUUUGUUGCAUUGAUGAGUUUGAUAAAAUGGCUGAUGCGGAUCGAACAGCAAUUCACGAAGUUAUGGAACAACAAACAAUCAGCAUUGCAAAGGCGGGGAUUAUGACUUGUUUGAACGCAAGAGUCUCGAUUUUGGCGGCGGCGAAUCCCGCCUAUGGCCGAUACAAUCCCAAGCGUACAAUCGAACAAAACAUCCAAUUACCGGCCGCUCUUUUAUCCCGUUUUGAUCUGUUGUGGUUGAUUCAGGACAAAGCUGACCGUGAUAAUGACUUAAAACUCGCCAAACACAUCACAUAUGUCCACCAGCAUUGCAAACAGCCCCCCACACAAGUCAAAGCCCUCGAUAUGGCCGUCAUGCGGAAAUACAUCGCGCUAUGUAAGUUGAAAGAACCGGUGAUUCCCGAAGACCUCACCGAUUACAUUGUCAAUGCCUAUGUGGAAUUGAGGAAUGUCGCGAGAAAUUCCAGAGACAUGACUUUUACUUCAGCUAGGAAUUUGUUAGGGAUUUUGAGACUCUCCACCGCUUUAGCCAGACUAAGAUUGGCCAAUGUUGUGGAAAAAGACGAUGUUAAUGAAGCCAUCAGACUGAUGGAAAUGAGCAAAGACUCUCUCAACCAGACUUUUGAGAAAGGGGCGAGACCACCCAAUGUUAAUGACCAAAUCUUUGCCAUCAUUAGGGACCUGGCAGGAGAUGAGAAAACGGUUAAACUAACAGACGUUAUGAACAAAUGCGCCAGUAAAGGACACAACCCUGAGCAAGUCGAUUCCUGCAUUGAGGAAUAUGAAGAGCUCAAUGUGUGGCAAGUGAACCAGACUCGCACGAAAAUCACAUUUAUUUAAGUUUUUUUGUAUUUUUGUGUUCAAUAAAGAAUUGAUACUGA